UGUUAUGUGUUUCAGAGUGGAGAAGACGAGAGAGAGUGAGUGAGUGAGUGUGUGCGUGUGAGGGAGAGGGAGAGAAAGAGCCAAGAAGCAGACCAGAAAAUAACUGCACAACACUCACAAAUACACACAGACACAGUAUAAGCAAGAAUGGCUGCAGUAUUCAUGGCAACAAACAUGGCGGGGAAAGCAAGGUCCUCCAAUUUUACGUUGUCUGAAAAGCUGGAUUUGUUAAAGCUGGUCAAACCCCACAUUAGGAUUCUGGAGGAGCACACCAACAAACAUGCGGUGAUCGUGGAUAAGAACAAGUGCUGGGACAGCAUUGCAGAGCAGUACAACACCCUGGGGGGCGACAGGCCUCCUCGCACUGCGCAAGGCCUCCGCACGCUCUACAAGAGGCUGAAGGAGAGCGCCAAGCAGGAGAUGGUGCAGCGCAAGCAUGCCCAGCCCGAGUAUCGAGGCAGCAUCUCUGAACCCACCAAAAGAGUGAUGGAAAUGAUCCCCCAUCUCUUCAGGCCCAUCCAUGACAAGGACCACAAUGCCUUGCCGAGGAUGAUCUACAAACAUGAUUCCUCUAUUGAACAGCCAGGAAGCUCUUCCUCUCUGCCAACUAUUUCAGACUACCAGCCUGCCUCAGUCACUGUGAGACUGGAUCAGGAGAUAGAUGUGAAGCCUCCUCCCGAGCUCACCAUUCUGUCGACAAGAAUCGAGGGGGACCAGGAAGAAGAUGAAGAUGUGGUGUCUGUGCAUGGCCUUGACGGAUCCAUCUCCCCAUGUCCUUCCUCUAUCAACUUGGCCGUGACCAUGUCUCCGUCUCCCAUUCCAAUGAAAAGGGAUAUCUAUUCCAGAGCUGAAAGCUUUAGGCAUCUGACUGGCAUUGAACAUGAAACACUGCAGCUAUCCAAGGCAGAGCAUGAACUGGUCAUGGACAAUCACAGGAAGAUGGGUCUGUAUAUUGAGGAGAAACGGGAGGGACUGAAAAGGAAGCAGCAGCUGGAAGAAGAGCUGCUAAAGGGUAAAAUCAAAGUAGAGAAACUAAAAGCAGCAAGACUCCGACAUGGGCUUCCAAUACCACACAUGUGAUCCUUACGGGAUGCUUUUGUAUAGAUUGUACAGACUAUAGCCACUGAAAAGAUCCAUUAUGUCUUUAUCAGUUCUUUUAUUGUCGACCCAAUACAGUGCAGCCUAAGAUAUAUAAAUAUUUAGAAGGCCUGGCCAUUUAUGAUUAUUUCCAUUUCAUAAAAGAGAAAUGUAAAGUUAUUUUUUCUACAGUAAAAUCAAAACAAAAAAAAAACAUUGUGUAUGCAGUGUAGACCAAAGAUUGCUGCAUCAUACAGUAGUAGAACAUAGUAAAUUACAGCUUACAUGUCCACAGAUAGUGUGUGUGUGUGUGUGUGUGUGUGUAUAUAUAUAUAUAUAUAUAUAUAUAUAUAUAUAUAUAUAUAUAUAUAUAUAUAUAUAUAUAUAUAUAUCCAUGUUGUAUUAUUUAAGCAUUUUAUUUCACUCAUUGACAUUUAGGUACCAAACACCGUUUGCAUUCUGCAUUAAGUUUGGCACCAUUGGUUGUCCAUAGGGUGUUACUACAUGGAUAUUAUGAAGCAAAGGAAAGUUAAAGGAAGUUAUUGCUUUUCAUUUAUAAAUAUCAUAUAUAAAUAUCUGUAACGUCUGUUAUGUUAAUGUUACUAUAUCAUUACCAAAACACAUGCACAUGAUAUUUUCAUAUCACAAAUAUUGUGUGUGUGUGUGGUUGGGGCGGGCACGACAUUUGCUCUCCAAUUUAAAAUGUAUUUUAGGUGAGUAAAUAUUACCUUGAAGUCAUGAGUACUUUCAAUAAAUACUGUACAUGCUAACUUAUCCUGUUAAGCAAAUAAACACACAGAAACAGAACUUUUUAUUUGAAUUCCAAUGCUGCAGAUGGAAUAUACUUAACAACAGAAUAGUGUUUACCUUCCAAAAAUGUUGAUGACAGAUAGGUAAAUUGGUAGGUUAGGUUGAGCAGGAUGAAGGCAGUGCUGAGAAAUCCAAAAUCAAGAAUCCAGUCGAGGUACAAGAAGCUGGAUAACAUGCAAACUCAAGCUGUGCAGCAAAAUUGCUAUGUGUAUUUGUUAUGCAUUACAUUUAAAUAUCAUGCAUAAUUCAUAUUUAUUCAAUAUGUAAAACACCCUUUACUCAGCUUAUCUGGAGCACUG